CCGAUGACAUCAGGGUUUAAUUGAACUACGGUGGCACCGUGCGCAAGGUCUGGAAGCAAAUAAUAACAAUGCUAGCUAGCUUUACACACACACACUGGCUAGGCUAACACUAUGUUAGCAAGCGAUCAAUAAACCUAUGUGCUAGAAGCAAGUCUCUGCUUUACUGUCUGGCUAAUGCUAGCUGUAUUAGCCUAAUAGAUACAGUCAUUCGUAUUAGUCCAUAGCCACACAGGUAACGUUGCUACAGCGUUAGCAUUAGCUGGGUCACCGAGAUGUAGCUUAGCUUGGUGUCAUUUUACGAAUUCUCCCUCUGUUCGGCUUCAGUCGUGUCCGGUGUUGACAAGCAGGCAUCGCAUCGAGCUAACACAACAUACUGAUUAGUUCUAAACACACGUGAGAAGCUCAAACAGCUCAAAUAUCACCUCCGUCGUCGCUGCUGCUGUCUCCGCUAUAGUCCGCCAUCGCUGCUCUUCUCGGACUCGCCGGCAGAUGUCGCCGGAGCUCCUUGAAGCGUCGCGCGUCGCUCGUCGCUGUUUACAAAAGAAGAAGAGCAUGGAGUAAAAGUGACAGCACGGCCCUUGAACAGCUUGGCGUCGAACAAUGAACCAGUCAACAUGGGGCAGACACUGUGUUUAUGCUCCCGCGGCUCCAUCACCAUCGAUAACAAGAAAUACUACUUCGUCCAGAAAUUAGAUGAAGGUGGGUUCAGUUAUGUGGACCUGGUUGAGGGGGUAAAGGAUGGGCGCUUCUAUGCCCUCAAGAGGAUUCUGUGCCAUGACCGCGAAGGCCGCCAGGAGGCUCAGACUGAAAUGGAGAUGCAUCACAUGUUUAAUCACUCGAACAUCUUGAGCCUGGUCGCCCACACCUUUGUUGAUCGUGGAGGAAAGAGUGAAGCCUGGUUACUUCUGCCUUAUAUUUGUAAAGGCAGUUUGUGGUCCGUUCUGGAGAAGCUAAGAGACAAGGGGAGCUCAAUGCCUGAAAAACUGAUUUUGCAAGUUUUUCGUGGCAUCUGCUCUGGACUCAAGGUCAUUCAUGAAAAAGGUUACGCACACAGAGAUCUGAAGCCCACAAAUGUGCUUCUGGAUGAGGAUGACAGGCCAGUUCUAAUGGACCUGGGCUCUAUGAACCGGGCCAGGAUUGAGGUAAAAGGCACCAGAGAAGCCAUGACCAUACAGGACUGGGCAGCCCAGCGUUGCACCAUUUCCUACAGGGCUCCUGAACUCUUCAAUGUAGAGAGCCACUGCAUUAUAGAUGAGCGCACUGAUAUCUGGUCACUUGGCUGUGUGCUUUACUGCAUGAUGAUGUUGGAGGGACCAUACGACCUGGUGUUUCAGAAGGGGGACAGUGUUGCCCUUGCUGUCCAGAAUCCAGUGACCAUCCCACAGUCUUGCAGUUACUCCGAGGGCCUGCAGGUGCUGCUGAGCUCCAUAAUGGUGUCAAACCCCCAGGAGAGACCAAACAUCAGUUGGGUUCUCGACCAGGUACAGGACCUGCAGAGUCGCAGCCCCAACACCCAAACCAACAUGGUCUGAUGUUGCACGGUGUAUUCAAUUUGGGCCCUUUGCACACAUAAAUGAACGCAUUUUAUUUUUAGCUUGAAAAUACUCUUUUUAUUUAUUGACUUUAAUGUAAAUGCUCUUUGGUACAGACUCUCACUCAGCUUGGGGAACUUGGCAGCAGGCCGAUCCAUCCUGGACUCUUGUAUUCCUCACAGAUUUACCAAAUGAUCAGAACAUGUGAAUGGCCUUAAAUGUAGUUUUGACAAUGUGAAAGGGUUGCUUCUAAUAAUGUAGUGGCUUUACCUUUCAUUGUUAAAGGGACGGUUUGACCGUGUGAAAAAUCUACUUUCCUCGAAAGUUACAUGAGAAGAUAGAUAACAGUCUCACGUCAGUGUGAGGCUGGAGCCAACAGCCUUUGAGCUUAGCUAAUCACAUUUUAGCAUAAAGAUUAUAAGAAUUAUCAUGUUCCAUAUCUUGUGGAUUUAACCUGUACAAAACACACAAUAUUAAAAUGACAAGUUGUUAAUGGUUCAAAGCGAUGUUUAUUUGUAGAGCCCAGUCAAUAUGGAGGGUGGAAUUCUGCAUUUUGGCUGAUGCUGAUAUUAGGGAGUGAAAACAAAAUUAACAAUGAUUCCUAAAAUGAGGUUAUCAAACCCUACCAAACUUUAAUUGAGGCUUGAUAAUUCACAGUUUAACCAUAGAUUUUAUUUUAUUUUAACUUCAAUUAAGCAAAUAAACAGAUUAUUUUAUGAAGAAUGUAAAUACACAUCUUUACUGCAUUGUUUACUAUGAAAGGCUCAUUGGCUGAACUUCUAUUGUAUUUCUAUCACAAAAACAUACAUCACAGUCUUAAAAGUUGUAGUUUUGGGGAAUUUUUUUAAAGGGAAAAAAGAUAGAAGCCUUGGUCAUACCUUCCUGUGGACGUGGCUUCCUGAGUUCAAUACAUAUCAGAUUACAAUCCCUACCAACAAGGAGGAUGUUCCAAUUUCCUUUUAUUGUUUAUCUCAGUUUUGUGUGUGUAACAUCAUGUAGUUGUUACACUCAUCAAUGUCCUAAUUCAGCUUCAGCUAUUUUCCACACUAUCACUCACACUGUCUCUGGUGGGGAGACGUUAAGCGGGGGUGUGCUCCUCACCUGCAAUGCUGCGUUUGAACACAGAGUGGCGUUUCAGCACCACAGUCCGCUGCCCCACGUACAGACAUGGCCAGGGACCAUGUUUCUGUCUCAACUGUUGGUAAUGUGCAAAUGGACUUUAAGUAAAACACAGGAAGGAAGUAUUUGCUUACACCAAAAGAAAAUGAAAAUCGAGGCAAAGAGAACCGAUGUUAAUGUUGCACACCAAAACAACUCGUUCAACGCAAUACAUGUUUUUUAUCACUGGCAGUCAAAGUCAUUGCCAUGGCAUUAUACUCCCAUUUUUACUUCACAUUUUACUGUAAUGGGUUUUUUAAAUAAUUUGGUAUUUUCCAUUCCAGCUAUGCUUUUGUUUGAUUCUGGGUGUCCUGUCGUUUGUAAGUGUGGUCUGACUCCUCUGUUCUCAGGGUUCACCCACAUCUCAGAGUCUGAUGGUCCUUCCUAGUCGACCUAAAUGGUACCUUACCAAACUGCUAUGAAAUAAUUUAAAACUUUUGGCAUUUUAAGUUAAGAUUUAUGCUUUUAUGAGUCUGUAAUGGAGUGAUACCGGACCACGUGGGAAUUGAAAAGGUCCCUGACUGUUAAUAUAUGCAGUUAAUUGUUGGAAAGGUAACUGACAUACUAUUUUAAUAUAUUUUUCUUUUAAAUGCUAAGUUUUGAAAUGACUAUGAAUUUCUGUGUGGCUGUCAAUGGUGAACUAAUACUGGUAUCACUCUGAGUGUAAGAGUGUGUUAUUUGAUUAUGGAGAAAUCUGUUGACUUUAUUUUUCAUCUCUUCUCUGCACAGUAAAGGAUAAAAAAAUAUUAAUUAUGGAGCCCUGUGUACACCGUUUUUAAUAUACAUGUGAAAUAAAACUGCAUCCUAUAUUAA